UGCGUUACUCACCACCAAAAACUCACCGCCAAGAAGAUCAAUAUGACCACGCCUAUUUCCUCCCGUAACAAGCUCUCUCUACGUUGACAUUUGCAAAAUGAAGGUUUUGUGCGGCGAUGAGCUUGGUCAAAUCAAACUUGUCAACAUAGCGAAGGGGGUGGACACGUCGAACCCAGACUCUGAAAAACCAGAGAUUGUUCGAGUUCCUAGCACUGACCGGAAACAGAGAGUCUUGUUUAUGUCAAAAUUAGAUGAGGACCUCGUAAUCGUGCUGAGAGCCGAUGGAAUUUUGGAAAAACGCAACGUCAACGACGUGACUGAGUUUAUUGAUUCAUGGAAGGUCCCAGAUGACAUUUGGGAAGAUGGAAAUGUCGUUUCUUUCACGUUCAGUCAUCACUGGAUAUUUAUUGCAUUUGCUGGCGGCAAGUUGUGCUUCAGAAACCUAGUCACUGAAGAAAUCCGUUCCUUGAGUGUAAAGGGCCCAAUCUCUGCCGCUGCGGUACACCCUCGCAUCCCUGGCGUGGUUGCUGUUGGCGGCAAUGAAAACGACAUUGCUAUUUACUCGUGUAAUGAGGAAUUGGACGAUAAUUAUAGUACAUCUUCUUUAUGGGACUCCGCUACUUGGAAAUGUAUCUUUAAGGGCAAAAAUGUAAAAAACGACCGGUUAGAUUUGCGUGUUCGGAUUUGGAUUACUGGAAUUGCGUUUACCGAGUCUAUUACACAAGAAAAAGACGGUAUGGUCACCGUAAAGGAUAAAAAAAACCCUCUUUUACAGUUUGCUACCGUCACUCAUUAUGGCCAUCUUCGUUUCUAUAAUACGACCAAGUCGAGACGGCCCAAUGUCAGUAUGGACAUUUCCCAGUCUCCUUUAACUUUACUUCGAAGUAUCCCGAAUACUCAAUGCCUUGCGGCCUCGGAUAAAAAGGGAAGGGUGUUUUUAUUUGAUUAUGCCAAAUCGCGAAUUGUUGGCAAUUUUUUGGGUGUCAAAGGCAGUGCUACUUGUAUCGAUUGUUCUCACGGAUUAGUCGGCAUAGUUGGAUUGGAUCGAAACGUUAGAAUCUAUACGAAUGAGCGAAAACCACUGGCUAAUGCAUACAUCAAAAUUCUGCCUACUUCUAUUCUUAUUUUGGACGAACGUGACACAGCUGAAAUCAAGCAAGAGGAAGAACAGGUGAAGGACGAACAAGAGGAAGAAGAAUUUUGGGAAGGCAUCCAACAACUUCACAAUGAAGAAGAAGAGAAGCCGCGCGUCAAAAAGCAAAAGGUAUCCUCUCGUUCUUCGUAAAAACUUCUCACGUUGUUUAGGGAUUGUAGGGUGUUUUAGAAAAAAUAAACGUAUAUUUCAUAAUAGUAACAAGUUUGGAUACGGGAAA